AUGGCCGCGGGUUUGCUCCCCCGAGCCCCGGCGUGGGAGCUGAGCGCCAGUCCCCGCCGGCGGCGCCGCUGGGCCGCGCGGGGCGCUGAGGAGGACGCGGAGGAAGGCCCCGCCGUCCUGGUUCUCAGCCACUUCUCGCGGCCUCCGUUCCUCAGCUUCGGCAGUCUGCGCGUGGGCGCCUCCCGCACCCGCCUCCUGGGCAUCGACAACCCCAACGCGGAGGAUGUCGAGGUGGUCGUGGACCGCUUCCCGGCCUCGGCCAAGGGCUUCAGCCUUGAGCAUCGCCUGUUCUCUGUGCAGUCAGGACAAAGAAUCUUUAUCUCUGUGACAUGGACACCAUUAGAAGAAGGAAAAGUAAGGGAAAUGGUAACUUUUCUUAUUAAUGGUGUUGUAAAGCAUCAAGCUGUGCUCCUGGGUGUUGCUGAACAGCCUGUGAAGAAAAAGAAGAGUCUUUGGGAUACUCUGAAGAAGAAAAACUCUUCAGAAAUAUCUGCUUCAAUAAAAGUUAAAAAAAGUACUUCAAAAGUUAAAAAUGUUAAUCAAACCUUUCAAGUUUCCCAGAAGGUGGAUAGGCUUAGAAGCCCACUUAAGCCAUGUGAAAAUCAGAACACAAUGCAAAAUAGUACAUCCCCAGGAAAUGACUCUCUUGUUGGCUCAGAAAAUAAAUUACCUUUAUCUCCUAUUUCACCAGUGCUAGAGGAACAUCAUAAUACUGUUUGCACACCUCUCCAAAUGAGAAGAUCUACUACGUUCUCAGAUAUUGCUGCACCUGUAAAGGAGGAGUUACUGCCUGGAACAGACAGCGGUAAUGUGAAUAAAUUUAUUAGAGAGCACGAUGAAUUAACAUCUGAAAGUGCAUACACAUCUGUUGGAUUAGCACAACUGCGGAUUCCAAAUGAUGAAGUAUUUCUCAAUUGUACACUCUCACCAGUUUGCACUCCAGAACACUCGGCAUCUGUGGGUGUUUUAAAUACAAGGAGAAUUUUAAGUCCAGAUUCGUUUGUAAGUGACAGCUACCAAGUGGAUAUAGAUACAAUACAGCAGCCUAUGCCAAUUCUGUCACCUGAUCAGUUUGUAAAAGACAACUUGUUAGAUAGGCAAUCAAAGGCUCCAAAACCCAAGGCAGCUACAGAGACUUGUGUUGUAAACAGAGUCCUACCCUCAAAAUGGACAAAAAAAGAUGAUGUAGGGACAAAAACACAUGUUCAUAUAGAACACAACUUAAAUGAAGCCUUUUUGAUGCAUAGUGUAGAAUCACCAAUACUUCAUUUUAACAAACCCACAGAAAAUCUCUUCAGUUUUCCUUCUACAGAGGAACUUCAGACUCACUGUUCUUCUCAGAGAGAAGAAGCCAAACCAAAAAAGCGUCCAGUUCUUUCUGCCACUGUCAUAAAAAACAAGCCUGUUGCUGCUGAAGAAAAAAGAAUGGAAACCCUCCAGCCAAAAUCUAAAAAAUGUCUUAGUAAAGCAAUAAUGGAAAGUGCUAAUGUGGUGCCUGUUCAUGCAAACACAGAAAUAUCUAAACACCUUCCAGUUAUAGGUCCCAUUUCAUCUCCUACUGGAUCAACUUCUUUGUGUCGUAAAAGGAAAAGUGAAAUACAUGUAGAAAACAGUAGAGUUGCAGCUCCAGUGUAUGCAGAAGAAGUGGAAAGAAAGAGAACUCUUAAAUUUAUUGUGGAUGAUAAAACACAUGCUACUAUGAGACCAUCAGCCUUCAAACCCACAAACCGAGAGAGAGUAGGGCAGAGGAAGAGAGCUGGCCCUUCACUUCAGAAAGCAUCUAAAACUAGAAACAGAAUUAGUAAACCCAUCCCUGGAUUGGCUCAGUCUCACCUGACAUUUGUGAAACCACUGAAAACAGUCAUCCCUAGGCACCCAAUGCCUUUUGCUGCUAAAAACAUGUUUUAUGAUGAACGUUGGAAGGAGAAACAGCAACGAGGUUUCACCUGGUGGUUAAAUUUUGUACUUACCCCUGAUGACUUUAGUGUAAAAACAAAUACCUCUCAAGUAAAUGCGGCUGCUCUUAUUUUGGGAGAAGAGAACCAUCAUAAAACCAGUGUUCCUAAAGCACCAACAAAAGAUGAAGCAUCUCUAAAAGCUUAUACAGCUCGUCGUAAGCUGAAUAAGUUACGACGUGAUGCUUGCCGUUUGUUUACCUCGGAAACAAUGGUUAAAGCUAUUAAGAAGCUGGAAGUUGAAAUUGAAACUAGACGUUUGCUAGUUCGUAGAGACAGACACCUCUGGAAAGAUGUAGGAGAGAGGCAGAAAGUCCUUAACUGGCUUUUAUCUUACAACCCUUUGUGGCUGCGUAUAGGUCUGGAGACUGUUUUUGGAGAACUCAUAGCUUUGGAGAGUAAUAGUGAUGUUAUGGGUUUAGCAAUAUUUAUCCUUAAUCGCUUGCUUUGGAACCCUGACAUUGCAGCUGAAUACAGACAUCCCACUGUGCCUCACCUUUACCGAGAAGGUCAUGAAGAAGCUUUGUCAAAAUUCACACUGAAAAAAUUGCUGCUGUUAGUUUGCUUUCUGGAUUGUGCCAAACGGUCCCGAAUGAUUGACCAUGACCCUUGCCUCUUUUGUAAGGAUGCAGAGUUCAAGGCUAGCAAAGACCUACUGCUGGCAUUUUCUCGGGACUUCCUGAGUGGUGAAGGUGACCUUUCCCGCCAUCUUGAUUUCUUAGGACUGCCUGUCAGUCAUAUUCAAACUCCACUUGAUGAAUUUGAUUUUGCUGUCACCAAUCUGGCUGUGGACUUGCAAUGUGGUAUUCGUCUUGUGAGAACAAUGGAACUUCUCACCAAAAACUGGAAUCUUUCAAAACAACUGAGAGUUCCUGCAAUAAGUCGGCUACAGAAGAUGCAUAAUGUUGACAUUGUUCUUAAUGUCCUUAAAGAGCGAGGAAUUCACUUGAAAGAUGAAAGUGGUGCUUCAAUUGACUCCAGGGAUAUUGUGGAUAGGCACAGAGAACGAACGUUAGCACUCCUGUGGAAAAUUGUCUUUGCCUUUCAGGUGGAUGUUGUUCUUAAUGUGGAACAGCUGAAAGAAGAAAUUGAGUUUUUAAGGAAUGCACACAAGCGAAAAAAACCCUUGGGUGCUUUAAAGACUUUUCCAAAAUGUUGUAGAGUACAAGAUGAUAAUAGUAGUAACUCCUCACCUCAAAGUUACAGUGAAAAUGUGGAACUGCUUAUGGCAUGGGUUAAUGCUGUUUGUGGAUUUUACAAUAUUAAGGUGGAAAACUUCACAGUGUGUUUCUCAGAUGGUAGAGUAUUCUGUCAUUUGAUUCAUCAUUAUCAUCCAUGUUAUGCGCCUUUGGAAGCGGUUUGCCAGCGUACAACUCAAACAGUAGAAUGCUCAAGAACUCAUACAGUGGGACUAAACUCUUCCUCCUCAUCCUCUUCAGAAUCUGAUACUUCUCUAAAUGUUGUGGAAGGAAUGUUUGACCAAACUGCAACUGCCUCAGUUCUGUACAAGGAACUCUUGGACAAUGAAAAGAAAAACUUCCAGCUGAUCAAUGCUGCAGUUUCUGACCUAGGUGGAAUACCAGCAAUGAUUCAUCACUCAGACAUGUCAAAUACAAUUCCUGAUGAGAAAGUUGUUAUUACCUACCUAUCAUUUCUGUGUUCGAGGCUUCUAGAUCUUCGUCAAGAAACUCGAGCUGCUCGAUUAAUUCAGUCUGCUUGGAGGAACUACAGGCUGAAAAGGGAACUGAAACUUUCUCAGGAAAAAGACAGAGCUGCUCGGAUAAUUCAGAAAUCUGCAUUAAACUUCUUGGCUCGUCGACGCAUCCUGAAGGAAGUGAAUGCAGCAGUUUUCAUCCAGAAGCACUGGAGAAGAUACAUAGCCAGGAUUAUUUUUUUAAAUCUGAAAAAGGCUAAAUUGGAAGAAGCCAGAAAUAAAUCUGCCACAGUCAUUCAGGCUUAUUGGAGGAGAUACUCUGCUAGGCAAAGAUAUUUACAACUACGAUACUAUGUUAUCUUUGUACAAGCAAGAAUAAGGAUGGUGAAGUCGGUUGCUGCAUAUAAACGAAUUGUUUGGGCUGCUGUUACAAUUCAGAGUCAUCUGCGUGCAUCUAAAUUGGCAAAAAAAGAUCGGCAAAGAUAUGAAACCUUCAGGUCUUCAGCACUUACUAUUCAGUCUGCUUUCAGAAGAUGGAGAAGACACAAAAUUCAGCAGAAAAUUAAAGCAACUUUAGUGCUUCAGGCUUAUUUCCGAAAAUGGCAAUCUUCAAAACUGGCUAAAAGAGAGAGGGCUGCUCUUGUCCUACAAUCUUGGUGCAGGAUGCACAGAGAUCUGAAACAGUAUCUACGUAUGAAGCAAAGUGCUAUCAAGAUUCAGGCUUGGUACAGGUGUCAGCUGGCUAGACGUAUUUACCAGGAGCACAGAGCAAAAAUAGUGACAAUUCAGCAGUAUUACAGAGCUUAUAAGCUAGGAAGAAUGGAAAGACACUACUAUUUGCAAAAGCGUGCAGCAGUGAUAGUUCUCCAAGCUGCUUUUAGGGGAAUGAAAGCACGUAAACUAUACAGGCAAACAAAAGCAGUUUGUGUUUUUCAGUCACUGUGGAGAAUGAAAAAAGAGAGACUAAGGUUUCUGCAAUUAAAAAAAUCCGUUACUACGUUGCAGGCACAUGUCAGAAAAUACCAACAAGUAAAAAGAUACAGAGAGAUGAAAAAUGCUGCUUCUGUAAUUCAAACUUGGUACAGGGCAUGUGUCACUUCUAAAAAGGCAGCUGCUUCUUUCCAGCGAAUGUGCCUGGCUGCUAUUGUCCUGCAGUCUGCCUACAGAGGAAUGGAAGCUAGGAAAGAAGCUCACAUGCUGAGAUCUGUGAUAAAAAUUCAGUCAAGUUACCGUGCUUAUAUUGUCCGGAAGAGGUUUAAAAACUUGAAAGAUGCAACAGUGAAGAUUCAAGCUUUUGUAAAGAUGAGGCAAGCAUGUAAGCAUUAUUGUGCACUAAAGGAGGCAACACUUUAUGUCCAGCGAAGGUAUCGGUCUCAUAGAUACACUCUUCAGCUUAAAGAAGAUUAUAGGAAACUGAAAGGAGCUUGCAUAAGAAUUCAAGCUGUAGUUCGAGGCUAUCUGGUCAGGAAACAAUUACAGAGGUGGAGGGAGACUGCAAUAUUUCUGCAGGCAUGCUACAGAAUGAGAAGGGACAGGCAACGCUAUUUAAGCAUCUAUAGUGCUGCCAUUGUCAUUCAAAAACAUUAUCGUGCAUACAAAAAGCAGCUGUGUCAGAGGCAGGAGUUCUUGCAAGUUAAAAAAGCAGCUGUGUGCUUACAGGCAGCCUACAAGGGUUAUAAAGCACGUAAAAAGCUUAAACUUGAAUAUAGAGCUGCUAUCAAAAUUCAAACUGCAUUUAGAGCUCACGCCGCAAGAAGGAAAUAUAAGGCAAUGGUUCAGGCCUCCAUUGUGAUUCAGAAGUGGUACAGAACUUACAAGACUGGUAACAGGCAAAGACUGAAGUUCUUAAGGACAAGAGCAGCAGUGCUGUCUUUACAAGCAGCUUUUCGUGGCUGGAAGGUACGAAAGAAGAUUCAAAGAGAAUGUUUUGCUGCUACUAAGAUACAGUCUGCCUUCAGAAAAUUCAUUGCUCUGAAAAAAUUCAGAGUUAUGAACCAUGCUGUGCUAACUAUCCAAAAGCAUUACAGAGCCAGUGUUAUAGGCCAGAAACAACGGCAAGAAUAUAUUCAGCUGCGGGACUCUGUAGUGUGUCUUCAGGCAAUAUGGAGGGGGAAAACUGUGAGAAAAACAAUUCAAAAGAAACAUAAUCACGCAACAGUUAUUCAGUCCUAUUAUAGAAUGCAUAUAAAUCAACUAAAAUACAAGAAACUGAGACGAGCCACUCUAGUGAUUCAGAAAUACUUCAGAGCUUACUGUAUGAAAAAAGCCCAGCGUGCAAUUUAUCUAAAAAAAAGGGCAGCGGUGUUAGUUUUGCAGUCUGCUUACCGUGGGAUGACUGUGAGGAAACAAUUGAACCAACUUAACAAAGCUGCUACAACCAUACAAGCUGCCUUCAGAUCUUACCUGGUCAAAAAGAACUAUGAAAGACUUAGAUCUGCAGCUAUGGUAAUUCAAAGGCAUUAUCGUGCACUUAUUCAUGCUAAAUGUCAAAAGCAGAAAUACCAGUCUUUAAAAAAAGCCACAGUCAAAAUGCAGGCAGUUUUUAGAGGUGUAAGAGUUAGACGACAAAUUCUCUGUGUGCAUCGAGCAGCUGUUUGUAUCCAAGCCACGUUUAAGAUGCAUCGCAUGAUGAUAAAAUACCAGGCAAUGAGAAUGGCAGCAAUUAUAAUUCAAAGGCAAUAUAGAGCAUUUUGUGUAGGCAAAAUACAACGCAAAAAGUACUUGGAACUGAAGAAAUCUGUCAUAGUCCUUCAGGCUGCUUGUAGAGGCAUGAGGGUCCGACGGGACUUAAAAGCUAUGCAUCAGUCAGCAGCAGUGAUACAGUCUUAUUAUCGAAUGCACAAACAACAGAGGGAUUUCAGAAAAUUGUUGCUGGCAACUCAGCAGAUUCAGCAGUGGCUCCGUGCUUGUAAGGAGCGAAAUGCACAAGUUCACAACUAUAUGAUUAUGAAAAGUGCUACACUUCGUAUUCAGGCUGCAUUCCGUGGUAUGAAAACAAGAAGACUUGUAAGAACUAUGAAUGAAUCAGCUGCACUUAUUCAAAGGAGAUUUAGAACUUUUCUCAAAAGAAAGCAUUUUCUUUCCAUCAAGACAGCUGCUGUUGUAAUUCAGAGAAGAUACAGAGCAACAAAACUAGCAAAAAUUCAACGUAAAAAAUAUCUCUGUUUCCUUAAUGCUGCUGUUAUCAUACAGUCUGCUUAUAGAGGCUUUGUGGUAAGAAGAAAAAUACAACAGAUGCAUCAAGCUGCUACAGUUAUUCAAGCAACAUUAAGAAUGCGUAAAGUUUACGUUUCUUAUCAAGCUAUCAGGCUUGCUUCAGUAAUCAUACAGCAACGUUAUCGUGCUUACAGGGAAGGGAAGCGUGUGAGAGGCACAUACCUGAAACUGUACAAUUCUGUUUUAGUUCUUCAAGCUGGCUAUAAGGGAAUGAAAACAAGAUGCUUCUUGAAGAAAAGACAUGAGGCAGCGCUUACAAUACAGAAAAACUACCGAAUGUAUAGACAGUACCACCAUUACAGAAAAGUUCAGUGGGCAACCCAGCUAAUACAGCAGAGAUACAGAGCAAAUAACCUAAAGAAAAUUGCAGUACAGCAUUACUCUUCAUUAAAGAAAGCUGCAACUUGUAUUCAGAAGGCUUUCCGAGACUUGCAGGCAAAAAAGCAACAUCGAAAAAUGCACUGUGCUGCUAUUAUUCUUCAGAAAAAUGUUAAAGCUCUUAGAGAACGUCAACGCUAUCUCUCUCUUAAAGCAGCUACUCUUGUCUUUCAGAGAAGGUACAGAGCUUUGAUUCUGUCAAGACAGCUUACUUCAGAGUAUCUUUCUCUUCGCAGAGCAACUAUUCAAGUACAGGCUGUGUACAGAGGUAUCAGGGUACGGAAGAAAAUUGAGCAUAUGCAUUUAGCAGCUGGUACAAUACAGUCAGCCUACAAAAUGCACAGGACUAGAAGGUUCUAUCAAAAGAUGAGAAUUGCAGCUAUUGUUAUACAGAACUACUAUCGAUCGUACGUUAAAGGAAAGAAUAAUCGGAAGCAAUAUCUGACAAUGAAGAAUUCUGCUCUUGUUAUUCAAGCAUCAUAUAGAGGCAUGAAGGAACGACAGAAACUGAAAACCAUGCACAUGUCAGCAACUGUAAUACAAUCUAGUUAUCGCAGGUACAUACAACAUAGGUACUACAAACAGUUAUGCUGGGCUGUCAGAGUUACACAGCAAAGGUUCAGAGCCAAAAUGGCAAAAGAAGCUGCCAUGAAAAACUAUGCAAAAAUUAAAAAAGCUGUAGUUUGCCUUCAGUCCUCUUUUCGUGCUAAGAAAGCUAGGCAGUUGUACAAAACCAAUGUUGCUGCACGGCGCAUACAGUCGUUCUUACGCAUGUCUGUAGAGAGGAGGCGUUUUCUUGAAAAGAAAGCAGCAGCAAUAACAAUCCAGUCUAUGUUCCGAUGCCGAAGAGCAAGGACUCGCUAUAAACUGAUUCAGAGUUCAGCAGUUACUAUUCAAAGGUGGUACAGGUCAUGGCAUAGGGCUUGCUUACAGAAAGCAGAAUAUUCUGCUCAAAGACGAGCAAUAAUAAUUAUUCAGUCUGCCUUCCGUGGUAUGAAAGCAAGAAAAAUAGCACAACAAAAACGAGCUGCAAGAAACAUUCAGUCUUUUCUUCAGAUGGCUGUGCAGCGUAGAAAAUUUAUUCAGCUUAGAACAGCAGCUAUUACAUUACAAGCAUAUUACUUAAUGCAUAAAACUAAAUCGCAGUAUUCAAAAUAUAAAAAAGCAGCAGUUGUCAUACAACGAUGGUACCGUUCCCACUUGGCUGUAAAACAUCAAAGAAUGACUUACUUACAAACCUGGAGAAACAUUGUCACUGUGCAGGCUAGAGUCAGAGGAUUCAUUGAAAAGAAGAAGUUUCACAGAAUUAAAGAAAGCACAAUAAAAAUUCAGGCAUUUUUCCGUGGGUUUAUUCAGAGACAGAAAUACCUUCAGUACAAAUCUUCUGCUAUAUUAAUACAGCAGCACUACAGAGCCCAUCAGAUGCGAAAUAUUGAACAACUAAGAUACCAUCAAAUGAAAAGAGCUGCCAUUAGAAUUCAGGCAUCAUAUAGAGGAUAUAAAGCCAGGCAGUGGAUUAACAAAACGAGAGCAGCACAAGUAAUUCAAGCCUGGUAUCGAGGCUGCAGAGCACGAAAGAAAUAUGCAUCUGUGGUAAAAGCUGUACGAGUUAUUCAGGGUCACUUCAAAACAAAACAGCAGCAGACCUGGUUUUUGAAAAUGAAGUUCUGUGCACUUACCAUUCAAAGAAGAUGGAGAGCAACCCUUACAGCACGAAUGAUUCGCUACCAAUUUCUGGCAACUAGGAAUGCUGCAGUUAAGAUUCAGUUGGCAUAUAGACAGUACAGGGCAAGAAGACUUCUAAGAAAGAUUUUAGAAUGGAAACAAAAGAAGAGACUGCUUCAUUUUGCAGCAGCUGUUUAUCAUCAUAUCUCUGCAAUUAAAAUUCAAAGGGCAUAUAGGAUUCACUUCAUCCUAAAACUUGCACAAAACCAGAUCUCAUCUGUUCUUAUAAUACAGAGAUGGUUCAGAGCAAAAAUGCAACAAAAGAGAUUUCAAAGAGAUUAUCAAAGAAUGAUUCGGUUACAACGUGUGAUUCGAGGCUGGCUAAAUCACAGAAGGGCUGCAGCCGUCAUCAUCCAGCGAAACGUGCGGAGGUUCCUCGCCUGCAGACGCAGGAGAAAAUUUGCAGCUGGAAUAAUUAAAUUACAGGCAUUGUGGAGAGGAUAUUCCUGGAGAAAGAGUAAUGACACAGCAAAAAUUAAAGCUUUAAGAUGUAGUUUAGAAAAGGCUAAUGAAAAGAGCAGAGAAGAAAACAAACUCUGCAACAGAACCGCAAUUGCAAUCGAAUACCUUCUGAAAUACAAACAUCUCUCUUAUAUUCUUGCGGCAUUAAAGCAUCUAGAGGUGGCUACUAGGCUGUCCCCACUUUGUUGUGAAAAUAUGUCCCGGAGCAGAGCAAUCUUCACUAUUUUUGUUCUGAUCAGAAGUUGCAACCGGAGUGUGCCAUGCAUGGAUGUGAUCAGAUACUCAGUUCAGGUUCUACUAAAUGUUUCAAAGUAUGAGAGAACUACUCAAGCAGUUUAUGAAGUAGAAAAUUCUAUAGAUACAUUACUAGACUUACUGCAGAUGUACAGAGGAAAAGCUGGGGACAAAAUUUCAGAGAAAGGAGGAAGCAUUUUCACAAAGACCUGUUGUUUGUUGGCCAUCCUUUCAAAGGACUCGAAAAGAGCUUUGGAAAUCCGAAGCAUGCCAAGAGCUGUUACUUGUAUCCAAAGCCUAUAUAAACUUACAGCUCGGAAACACAAAAUGGAUGCAGAGAGAACACUUGUGAAGCAGAAAACAAACAGUUUCUUAAGUGGAACUUCCUCAGUUCCAGUAACUCCUCUAAAAAUAAAAACAGUUUCAAGAAUUAAACCAGACUGGGUUUUGAGGAAAGAUAACAUGCAAGAAAUUGUGGAUCCUCUGCAAGCAAUUCUUAUGGUGAUGGAUACACUUGGUAUUGCCUGCUACUGAUAUGUAAAUUAUGUAUAUGAAAUGUAUUUGUACAGCGUGUAUGUAGUAGACAGCGAAAUUAUUUUAGAAGAAAGCAAAUAAAUCUCAUUCUACCCUUGAAAAUAAUUUUUCAAAUUACAGUUAACAUUUCUGUAACAUUUUUGUAUUGUAUACAGCUUUUGAAAUCCUAUUUUGUACUGUGGCCAAAACCAAUUGUACAAUAAAGUCCUGGAAAUUUCACUAGUGCAGUAAUGUGUUACUGUUACACAACCGUGAAUCUUAUAAAGAGCAGGGUAUUCCUUACUCUGAUUAAAUAUAAUAGAAUUAUAUUAAAAACAAUUGGUUUUGUGGGGCAGUUAUGUUGGCUUGUCUGAUCUGGAGAGAUAUAGGUAGAAAGGGAGGCAUAAUCUGAAUUUCAAAACUGGCUACUGUUUUUGGAGAACUUUGCUGUCUAAUAAGGUUUUGAAGGGCUUGUGUGUGACUAAGAAAUACAGUUUUAGUAUAAUUUUUUUAAACACUGUGAGAUUGUGAUGGAACAAUGGGAUGUUGAAAGGGUGAAUUUAGAAAUUCUGACCUGAUAUUUUGAGGGAUGUGAUUUGUGAGUGCUUUCUUCUCUCAAAUGAGCAGUACAUACAAGCUUGCAUCUCCCCUGGCUGAAUAUAUGGUGCUCAUCACAGCAUUUCCCUUAAAUUCUGUUUGCUUGGGCCUUGGAAUUGCAUUUCCUUAAAGCAAAGCCAAGAAAAUGAAAGCUCUAAAAUUAUACCCUCCCAUCCCCCCUAUUUAGAGAUUAUGCCUCCCGGUGGUGGAAUGUGAUGCCAGAUCAACUGGUAGCCAUUACUCGGUGAGGUGAUAAUGUAUUGUAAAUGAGUGUUGGGGUUUUUUGAUUUUGUUUAAAAAAGGCUCAAAAGGGGCUAGUUGUAUACACCAAAAUCCAACAGACAAAUAACAAUGGUGGCUGUGUUCUUAAUGUAGGAGCCUCCAGAAUUAAUCAUAUAUAGAAUGCA